GUAUCCUCUUUCUAUCCAUAAACACACAACUCACCGCCGCACGCGCAUCAGUAAUCGUCUGCCUCUCACCAAGAACGCUUCACGUUUCCCAGUGAGUAGAAGGAUAAUUUAACUGCUGCGUUAUUCAGAUUUUGCUGUUUAAUUUCAACACAAAGAAAAUGCGCGAGUGUAUCUCCAUCCACGUCGGUCAGGCCGGUGUCCAGAUCGGUAAUGCCUGCUGGGAAUUGUACUGCCUUGAGCACGGCAUCCAGCCCGACGGCCACAUGCCAUCCGACAAGUCUCCCGGCUGCGGUGAUGACUCCUUUAACACGUUCUUCAGCGAGACUGGCGCUGGCAAACACGUCCCCAGGGCUGUAUUUGUGGACCUCGAACCCACCGUCGUAGACGAGGUGCGGACGGGUAUGUACCGACAGCUGUUCCACCCCGAGCAACUGAUCACCGGCAAGGAGGAUGCCGCUAACAACUACGCCCGCGGUCACUACACCAUCGGCCGAGAAAUCGUUGAUCUCGUACUCGACCGGAUCCGGAAACUAGCGGACCAGUGCACCGGUCUCCAGGGCUUUCUGAUAUUCCACUCUUUCGGUGGAGGCACUGGUUCAGGAUUCGCCUCUCUUCUCAUGGAGCGCCUGUCCGUCGACUACGGAAAGAAAUCCAAACUGGAGUUUGCAGUUUACCCGGCGCCUCAGGUAGCCACGGCGGUUGUGGAGCCGUACAACUCCAUCCUCACGACACAUACGACACUGGAGCACUCCGACUGCGCUUUCAUGGUCGACAACGAAGCCAUUUACGACAUUUGUCGCAGGAACCUCGACAUUGAGCGGCCAAGCUAUACCAACUUGAACAGGCUAAUCGGUCAGAUUGUCUCCUCAAUUACUGCCUCCCUCCGGUUUGACGGCGCCCUCAACGUCGACCUGACCGAGUUCCAGACCAAUUUAGUGCCCUAUCCACGUAUCCACUUCCCUCUGGCCACCUAUGCACCGGUCAUAUCUGCUGAGAAGGCAUACCACGAGCAGUUAUCCGUUGCCGAGAUCACUAACGCGUGCUUCGAGCCGGCCAACCAGAUGGUAAAGUGCGAUCCCCGCCACGGGAAGUACAUGGCCUGUUGCAUGCUGUACAGAGGUGAUGUCGUGCCCAAGGACGUAAAUGCCGCCAUCGCCACCAUCAAAACAAAGCGAUCCAUACAGUUUGUCGACUGGUGUCCAACCGGCUUCAAGGUCGGCAUCAAUUACCAGCCACCGACGGCUGUCCCCGGCGGCGACCUCGCCAAAGUACAACGGGCGGUUUGCAUGUUAAGCAACACGACAGCCAUCGCCGAAGCGUGGGCUCGCCUUGACCACAAGUUCGACUUGAUGUACGCCAAGCGCGCCUUCGUCCACUGGUACGUGGGUGAGGGUAUGGAGGAGGGAGAGUUCGCGGAAGCGCGGGAGGACCUUGCUGCCCUUGAAAAGGACUACGAGGAGGUCGGCGUCGACUCCGUUGAUAAUGAAGCGGAAGUCGAGGAAGAUGAAUAUUAAGCAUUUGAAAGACAUUGAAAAAGAAUAGGAAACCAGAUCCCCUAUUUAAAAUUUUGAACAAUGAAUACAACACGCACUUAUCCUACCUUGGUAACCGGCAGCAAGGUUCACUAUAUCUAUUUUUACAAAACCUUAGUUUUUCGUUCUGUUACACUUUUAUUAUUAUGCAUUUGUAUUUUUUUCAGGUUAUGAAAUAAAUAAACAAAGAUAUAUAUACUUGAAGUUCAUGUAUAUAUCUUUCUGAAUAAAAAACGUUUCCACUUA